AUGGAUCGGCUAAUCAAACUAACAGAUGACCCUAUUCGAAGGCGCCGUAUCCGAGUUGGUACGAAUUAUCACAAACUCGCCAAGGAGAACGUCAUGAAACGCUGGGUUGAGCAGGGAAUAUGGAACGAGGAAUGGAAAUCAAGGAGCGUGUGGAGGUGGAAGCACGAAGAACCACUCGACCCCGAGUUCGAGUCGAACAAGGAUGAAAUGGUUGGCAUUGAGUCCCGUCUCUUUGGCCCGCCCCCCGAGGAAAGAGAAUCGCCGCCGAGACCACCGCAGGGCGUCCAAGAUUUGCCAAUGACUGAGGAACGUCGGCGCAUACGGGAACGCGGACGUGAGGCGUCGCGCCCAUACCAUCAGUUCGUCUACCAGGUUUCGAAAGAACGCGAGUUGAUUCUGGACGAAAUGAACCCUCCCGAAGCUGCCGACUUCUCCUACCUCAACCAAUGGCCCCCAACCCUACACCAAGCUGCCCUUCAUGGAGAAGCAGGGCGCCAACGCACCCCAACCGAGCCUAACCUGGAAUAUUCCGUCUCGACCCCCCCAGACAUCAACACGACAGCCUAUGAGAGAGUGAAGAAUACCUGGGUAAGAAGAGGAAUAUGGAACAAGAAAUGGGGCAUGCUGCCCGGGAUGUCGUGGAAGCAUGAACAGCCCCUCGAGGAGAUGCUACGCGAGGAAAUGGGCGAUGAUCCUGUCCCUCAUGAGGGUGGUGCGGUCGAGGACAGGCACGAACCUAGCGAAGCACCUCGUAGGCCAUUAUUCGGGGCAUACCCAGACGAACAAGUCGCAUCGUUUUCAUCUCCACUCUUCGACGAUAGCACUCAUCAACCGGUGAGGGAGGAUGCGGCACCGAAUCGAAUCGCAUCUCCAUUACCAGUUGCGGCAAAUGGUGACCACGUUUUGGGUCAACCGGACGGGCCUCUCCAAGAGGCGUGUCCGGGCGGCGAUCCUGCGGUAUUACCAAACGGCGAGACCAGCCAGUCUUCUGCUGCAUCAAGUUCAGACCGCGACCGUAUAAACAAUAGAGAGGCCGGACGCUCCAUCUUGCUGUCGGGGGGGCGACGAGGCGAGAGAGAGGGGUCCAUCGGGGGUGGGCUUGCUCCAGAAAUACCACGUACCGCUCUUGGUCCAACUCGUCCAUCCAAGGUUUCCAAGGCUCACAGACGGAACAUGACUUCUACCAGACGACGACCAGAUGGCUCUGAAGAGAAUGGGGUACAAACACCGAUUCCUGUACCAGAUACCGCUUCCUCUCCUCUCGUGGAUUCUUCUGUACAGCCUCGAAGGAGUAGACGCUUGCAGGAGGCUAAGCGCAAAACGGAUGAAGACUCCUCCGCCGGAGGAAGUAGUACUAGCAGUCCAAAGUCUGCGAAGCCCCGUGGUGUAGUUAAGAGACGUUCACGAACAAAUCGGCAGAGGACGGGUUAG